AUGUUGGUAUAUGGGCAUGAUCCAGUCCUACCAAUGGAGGUAGCAGUAAAGUCAGCAAGGAUAGCAUAUCAAAAUGGCCUCACUCCUGCAGAUUAUACUCAGGCCAUGCUGAUGGAGCUUGAGGACUUGGAUGAAGUUAGGCUUGCAGCCCUUGAUCACAUGUUGGUUCAGAAAAGAAGAGUCGCUAGAUCUUAUGACAAACGUGUACGGAAAAAGAGCUUUACUGAGGGUGACUUGGUUUGGAAGGCAGUCUUCCCCUUAGGGGAAAAGAAUCCAAGAUAUGGCAAGUGGUCUCCAACCUGGAAAGGACCGUACCUGAUUGCUCAAGUCCUUAGAGGUAAUGUUUAUCUUCUUAUGGACCUAAAUGGCGGUUUAUUUAAACAUUUAACAAAUGGAAAGUACCUAAAGCAUCACUAUCCUAAUAUGUGGGAGAUGAGAGACUUUGGAGAAAUUCAAUCUACCAAACCAUAA